GAAGCGCAGGGCUUGCAGUCACUCAAGGUGUUUCCUUUUUGGCACAUGUGUGGCAAGUAAUUAUUUUGCCAUAGAGCAAGGUCAGUUUCUAAAGAAGGGGCUGUUCAUUUUAUGGCUUGCUGAGGUCACUGGUGCACUGCCCACCUCUCCCUCCUCCUCGAGGCUUCAUUUUUGUCCCCCUUCUUUGCCCCUCAGGUCUUCUAGCCGGCCUCACCAUGUUCAGCAAGAAGAAGAAACGCAUCGAGAUCUCUGCUCCCUCCAACUUUGAGCACCGCGUCCACACCGGCUAUGACCAGCAAGAGCAGAAAUUCACAGGGCUGCCACGGCAAUGGCAGGGCAUCAUCGAGGAGUCAGCCAAGCGCCCCAAGCCACUGGUGGACCCCGUCUGCAUCACUGCCAUCCAGCAUGGCUCUCAGAAGACCAUCGUGCGGGGCAGCAAAGCCGCCAAGGACGGCUCCCUCACCUGGCUGCUGGACGAGUUUGAGAACAUGUCCGUGUCCCGUUCCAAUUCUCUGCGCAGGGACAGCCCCCCCUUCCCGCCCCGCCGCGACCAGCUCUACCAGGAGAACGGCCUCUCCGAGGGCCCGGCCGCUGCCCGGCCACACGAGGAUGCCGGCAGGAGCAAGGAGAAGAGCCGUCACGGGGCCAGGAGCGAGCUAGAGCAGGGCAAGGAGAGACCCCGGGAGAGGGAGGACCAGCGCGCCCACCACCACCACCAGCAGCCCCGCGGGCAGGAACCCGGCCCCAAACCCGCUCCCCCCACCGGUGGCCGCCCGCCCCCUCCCGAGUACCCCAAAACCCCGGCCGAGCGGGAUGGCUGGCGGGACUACCCCGCCGACAGGGACUACAGCGAGCCGGCCGACCGGGUGGUGCGGCGGGAGCGCCCCGAGCCCUCUGACAAGCGCCCCAAAUCCACCUACGCCGGCGAGACCAGCCCACAAUCCCCCCGGGACAAACGCCCGCUCUCCGGGCCCAAUAUCCGGACUCCCAACAUCCCCGUCUCUGAAGGGGUGAUGAAGACUGCUCAGCAGACGGGACGGCCUUUUAAUACCUACCCGCGGGCUGAGACCGACCCCGGCAGGGGCGCAGGUUCACAGGCAGAGCACCGGCCGGGACGACCGCAAGAGGUGGCAUCUAAUGGGCCGGUGAGCGGCGGUGUCGGCUCCUCCCGAGCCCACCCCCCAGGCCCGCCGCGCUCCAAAAACCCCGAGCCAUCCCAUCCCGGCCUCACCCCGCACGCCUCGGAUCCCCACCUUGCUCGCCAGCCACCCACCGGCCCCCCGCCGCCCCCGGCAGGGCCGCAGCAGCCCCGCUCACCCCAACGUGAGCCCCAGCGCGUCUCCCACGAGCAAUUUCGGGCCGCCCUGCAGAUGGUGGUGGAUCCCGGAGACCCCCGCACCUACCUGGACAACUUCAUCAAGAUCGGUGAGGGCUCCACCGGCAUUGUCUGCAUCGCCACCGUCAAGAGCACCGGCAAGCUGGUGGCCGUGAAGAAGAUGGACCUGCGCAAGCAGCAGCGGCGCGAGCUGCUCUUUAACGAGGUGGUGAUCAUGCGGGACUACCAGCACGAGAACGUGGUGGAGAUGUACAACAGCUACCUGGUGGGCGACGAGCUCUGGGUGGUGAUGGAGUUCCUGGAGGGCGGCGCCUUGACCGACAUUGUCACGCACACCAGGAUGAACGAGGAGCAGAUCGCGGCCGUCUGCUUGGCCGUCCUGAAGGCCCUCUCCGUCCUCCACGCGCAGGGCGUCAUCCACCGCGACAUCAAGAGCGACUCCAUCCUCCUCACGCACGACGGCAGGGUGAAACUCUCCGAUUUCGGGUUUUGCGCCCAAGUGAACAAGGAGGUGCCGCGACGGAAGUCGCUGGUGGGGACCCCGUACUGGAUGGCACCGGAGCUCAUCUCCCGACUGCCCUACGGCCCGGAGGUGGAUAUCUGGUCCCUGGGCGUGAUGGUUAUUGAGAUGGUCGACGGGGAGCCGCCCUAUUUUAACGAGCCACCGUUAAAGGCCAUGAAGAUGAUCCGAGACAAUCUGCCCCCCAAGCUUAAAAACGUGCACAAGGUUUCACCCUCCCUCAAAGGCUUCCUCGACCGCAUGCUGGUGCGGGACCCGGUGCAGCGGGCCACCGCCAACGAACUCUUGAAGCACCCCUUCCUGGGCAAAGCGGGGCCCCCCUCCUGCAUCGUCCCCCUCAUGCGCCAAAACCGCAUGCGGUGAGGAGCCGGCAGUGCCGGCGGCCACCCUGGCACCCUCCUGGCCCUCACCGUCGCCUCGUAACUGGAUUCGUGACUGUGCCACUACUGUUGGGGCGCUGGCGGGGUCAUGGACCCCCCUGCACCGUACUACUGAGCCGGGGAGCAG